CUCCCCAACCGAAGUCUGACCGCCGCCGCCCGACGACGACCGCGGUCGCCACUCGUCGUGCAACCGUGUGUCGCGCGACUUCAGUAGCGUAUCGGCCCGCGCGCCCGUUCACGUCGUGUACUGUGUCUCGAGAUUGUGAUUGCUGCACACAACGUUUUUCCGACGUUCGUUUUUUUUUUUUGUCGCAAGACAUUCGGCAACGUUCGCCCAGGUCAGCGGUAGACGACGACGCUGUGCCCCUAUAUUAAUACCAUCGUUAAAUAAAUUCUCGUGCGACUCGUUGUUAUCACCGCCGAGUCGUGGUGGGCAGACCGUGUCUCUGUGUCUGAGCCGAGUUCGCUGUUCGAAAACCUCGCUGGGUCGCCGUUUUCGCGGCCGUCGUUCGUCCAUGGUCCGUACGCGAUACGCUUCCGAAAUGUCGUCCGGAAACGGUUCGCUGCAGCCGCCAGCGGUUAUUUGACAGAGUCUGAUGAACAUUUGACCCCGCGGCGUGUCUUUGGCAGUCUGGGAAAUGGAGUCCAUCCGGAAAUGGUUUUACAAGCCAAAGAAGGGAGACCGUUCGUUGUUGGCGCAGUUCUUUUACGCCGACGACGAAUUGAAUGCCGUCGCAGCGGAACUGGACAGUUUCGACGGUAAAAAAGACCCUCAGCGGUGCACCGCUCUCGUGAACCAUUUGCGACAAUGUCAGGACAAAGUCUUGACGAUUUGUAUUAAAAUCAUGGACGAGCUGAUACCUGGCGAACGGGCCAGCCGUGACUUUCGUGUAAAAUUUCCAGACGACGUAAUUCAGGAUAAUUUGGCGGGGCAGUUGUGGUUUGGCGCUGAGUGUCUAUCGGCGGGGUCGAGCAUAAUGAACCGGGAAGCCGAGAGCGGAGCUAUGAGGCCUUUAGCCCGGGCGCUGACCAAGUCGUUGGAAAGAGUCCGAGGCCUCCUGAGGGACGCGAGCCUUUGCGGUGACCAAACUCCGCCCUGCUUACGUAACCUAAUAUCGUCGUUGUGUACGUUCGAUCAUCUGUUGGCUGAGUUUGAGUUGCGUUACGUGUCCGCAAUGGUGCCAGUCAAGACCGCCCACGAAUACGAACUCCAGCAACUCGUAGUUGUCUUGUUCUCAGAGACCCUACAAAGAGCGCUCGUCAAAGGUCUCCUGACCCAAGAAAUGGUUGACGACUAUGAUCCUGCCCUCAUGUUCACCAUUCCUCGUUUGGCCAUCGUGUCUGGUCUGUUAUUUUACCCCUACAUGUCACCACUGUCCCUCGACCAAAACGCCACCGACAUGUCCGAUAUGUUCCGUCCAUUUCGUUCGUUAUUAAUGAAAAUCAGAGAGCUCCUACUCACUCUGUCCGACAAGGAGCUGUCAACGCUGGAGAGGAUGCUGUGUUCGUCCGAUGAGGUUAAGUUCGACGAGAAUUUGUCGGUGAAGAACCAACAGUCAUCGUGCCAGGAAACCAGUGACGAGGACUCUGAGUGCCUUUCAUCCAGCACUGCAGAAUUGGUAAUGGACAACAGCGUUACCACUACCACUGCCACCCCCGUAUCAACCAUAGAACACUGUGGUACGAAAGGAUUUCCGCCGACGCCUCCGUCAUCACCGCAAGACCUUAUCAACAACAACAGCAACAGCAACCAAUGCAACCCGUCAACUAAACGUGGGUCGUUCGGAUCGACAAUCAUAUCAACGAACAAUGACAGGGAUCAACAGGCCAACAAUGAAUUGAAAAGUCCAGCGGUCAACCGACAACAACUGCAACAAUAUGAUUGUGGUGGUCUGGAGUCGUCAUCUGGUUCGAUGCCAGAUGCAGAUCUCACCGAGUCUCUGGCCACAGCUACGGAAGCUCUGACAGAAAUCUUGGUGAAGUCGACAAACUUAGAACGUGAGAUCAUCAGGAACAACGGCAGUGGCGCAGCUGUGGUUGUGGUGGUGGUUCAAGACGAUAACGGAAACGAAAAUGUGAUGUCGCCGCAGCUUCAUCCUACAAAACAGCACCAUGCACCCCCAAACGUGUCGAGUAGUUCAACUCAAACAGAAUUGCCAUCGAGUUCAUAUCGGGUGUGUUGUUGCAACAAUUGGAACCGAUGGAAGUCGGCUACAGUAGAUAAUAAGAGAGACAGGUCGUCCUCUGUUAGAUGUAUGUCGCCGUCUAGUGGUGGAGGUGGUAGUGGUCGCCGUUGUUGUCAUCACCAUCACAGGAGGAAAAAGAAAAAUGCCACCGCCACCUCUUCCAACCGGGUUAUUGGUAAUGAUAGCUGCAGCAGUAGCAGUAGUAGUGGUGAGAUAAAAGCCCGGGAAAAGGUCCCCGUUGUGACUGCCGUCUCGACCAAGUACUCAAAGAGCUGGCGGGAAUUGCGCAAGGCAACCAGCGUUGAUGGCAAACGGUCAGCUGAAGUGGUGAUUUGUCGCCUCCAAACCACAAAAUGUUGCAAUACCGCCAGAUGUAGCAGCGUUAAACCUAUUAUCAAGAAACAUGAAACGUGUUCAAGCUGUUCUAGUUGUACGACUUCAUCAGCAGAUGAGAGCGACGAAAGCGUGACUGACAGCACAUCAACAGACAGUUCCUGUAAUUAUUCGUUACGUCGACAAAAAGCUCGUGCUAAGUUCAGAUCUGAUGAAGACUUAUUGCAUCGGCUGUUUGUAUGCAUAUCGGGAGUGGCUGACCAACUGCAGACAAACUUUGCUGGAGACUUACGUAAUAUACUUAAAGCAGUGUUUCUCAUGUCUAAUUCUAAUUGCGGCAACGAUAGUCAACAGAACUUGGAAGUAAUUCCUGUGAUAAACAACCCACCUCCAGUGAUCGAUAUCGAAAAUGGUGAAGAGGCGCUCGUUUGGAGAGGUGAAACCAUGAUGAAUGAUAUGUUAUCCACGUCAACAGAGACGCCACCACCGUGGAUACCUGACAAUGAGGCUCCUGUAUGCAUGUCAUGCAAAGCCAUGUUCACUGUAGUCCGAAGACGUCAUCAUUGUCGAAAUUGUGGAAAAGUAUUUUGUUCUCGGUGCAGUUCAAACUCUGUUCCUUUACCCAGAUUCGGGCAUUUGAAGCCAGUGCGUGUGUGCAAUCGUUGUUUUAUCUAUCAGGUUACGCCGUUUACAUUGGAGCAUUCAAUUGGACCAGUUCCGAUUGUCUUGCAGUCUUAAUUAAUUAUAGUCCAUCACCACAUAAGGUUCUCUCCCCAAAACCCUCUUCUCCCAAACAUUCCAAAGAAAUAAAGAAACAUCUUUAUUUUUUGUGUUACCAUUUUAUCCUAAUUGACUGUUUGUUUCUUCACUUUUAUUCUUUAGCUUUAUAUACUUUUUCCCCUCGAUAAAUAUUCUGUUCCUAACAGUGAUAAUAUUAAUUAGUUGUAUGCAAAUAAAUCGAUGUCUUGAACAACAUUUUGUUGUUGAUUCUACAAUUUAACAUUAAUGAAUGCAUUUGUUAUUGUAUUUUAUAUUAUAAAUUUAAUUUAAUGAUAAUAUAAUUUUAGGUAAGAAUCAUAACAUUGAUACUGAUUACUAUUAUUAGCGUGUAUUAUAAUGUGUUGUCAGUUAAAACAAUUCUAUUAUAAAUACAUAUAUAUAUAUAUUUUUUUUUUUUAUACUAAGCUUUGAUAUGCUCAAUAAUGUUUUUUGCCCACAUUUAGUCCUGUUGUCUUGAACUUAAUCACUUUAAACCUCUAAAAAUCAUAUAGUUAUUAUAAUCUAAUUAUUAUUAUUACAUAUUAUCAUAUUAAUUGAUAGAAAUACAGUUUUUAUUAUUAACAUUAUUUUUAAUUUGGUUAUAGAAAACAAACUUAAGUUUCCUCUAUCAUUAUUUAAAUUAUACGUUUUAAUCAUACCAACAAACUUUGUUCACUCGAUCUAUCAAUAUUGGAUUAAUGAUCAAAAAUGGCUGUGGAUUUUAUUCUUUAUGAUCAUUGUUCUAUAAUAUCUAUACACUAUUGUAAGUUGUAACAUGCAUUAAGCAUUUUUUAGUUUGUUUUUUUUUUUUUUUUGAUAAUUAUUAAACUUAAGUACAUUAGUAAAAAUAAAAACCGAUUGAUAAGAAUGUAUAAAUUUCAUUAUAUUAUACUGUUCAAGAUUCUGUACAAAAUCUACGUCCAACAAUAUAAUAUGCAUCAUACAUGCAUGAAGUAACUUGUAUGUUUAAAAAAACCAUUUAUCAUGAUUUAUCAAAAAAAUUCUUUUAUUGUUAAACUAAACCUCUGUGAUAGUUUUUACCUAAAAAUAUAAUUAUUCAUUUUAUGUUUAUAAUUAUUUAUUAAUUUAAAUAUUUAUUAUUACGCUUACAAAUUAUUAUAUCAUACAAAGGUAGUGUGCUGCUAUUGUUGUACUGCUACAAUAUAAUCAAAAAAUGUGAAAAUAAUUAAUUAUGUCAACAAAGUUAUAUUCGUCCAUAAACAUGUAUAAUACUAAUCAGCUUACAAUUAUAUUUUAAAAUAAUAAUUAAUUAAAGGUAUUAUUCUAAUUAGAAACUUUGUUGUAGCCAAAUUUUGAUAAAAAAUGUCGAUUGUUGUGUUCUAAUGUUUGUGCUAAUGACAAAUUGUUAAUAGUAUAGAAAUUGAUUUUCCGUACGGUUAAUACAUAGUAUGUAACGUUUGAGUAUGUCUGGCACAGAGCAUUUAAGUAUAAUAUGUUAAGCACAUUUUAUUUAAAUAUUUUGUACGUGCAAUACAUUUUUAUUUCAUUAUUUUUAAGAUAAGUGUUUGAAAUAUGUGUUAAGUGUUACAUCGCCUACUCGUCUUGGUUGAAAUCACUGUUCUUGUAUAGUUUGUAUGCGAAUAUGUCAAAAAAAUUGUGUGUUGUAAGUCGAUUAAAAAGUUUAUUGUA